CACACCCGCGCGCCGAGUCUCCGCUCCUGCCCAGCCUCGCCUGCCCCCCGCGAGUGCCGAAGCCCUCGGGGCCGGAUGCCAUGGGUAACAACUUCUCCAGUAUCCCCUCUCUGCCCCGAGGAAACCCGAGCCGGGCGCCACGGGGCCACCCCCAAACCCUCAAAGACUCCAUCGGGGGCCCCUUCCCUGUCACCUCUCACCGAUGCCACCACAAGCAGAAGCACUGCCCUCCGGUGCUGCCUGGCGGGGGGCUCCCAGCCACGCCACUGCUCUUCCACCCGCACACCAAGGGCUCCCAGAUCCUCAUGGACCUCAGCCACAAGGCCGUCAAGAGGCAGGCCAGCUUCUGCAACGCCAUCACCUUCAGUAACCGCCCGGUCCUCAUCUACGAGCAAGUCAGGCUGAAGAUCACCAAGAAGCAGUGCUGCUGGAGUGGGGCGCUGCGCCUGGGCUUCACGAGCAAGGACCCGUCCCGCAUCCACCCUGACUCGCUGCCCAAGUACGCCUGCCCCGACCUGGUGUCGCAGAGCGGCUUCUGGGCCAAGGCGCUGCCCGAGGAGUUUGCCAACGAGGGCAACAUCAUCGCUUUCUGGGUGGACAAGAAGGGCCGUGUGUUCUAUCGCAUCAACGACUCGGCGGCCAUGCUGUUCUUCAACGGCGUCCGCACGGCCGACCCGCUCUGGGCCCUGGUGGACGUCUACGGCCUCACGCGGGGCGUCCAGCUGCUCGACAGCGAGCUGGCGCUCCCGGACUGCCUGCGGCCGCGCUCCUUCACCGCCCUGCGGCGGCCGUCCCUGCGGCGCGACGCCGACGAGCCGCGCCUCUCCGUGAGCCUGUGCGACCUCAACGUGCCGGGCGCCGACGGCGACGACGCCGCGCCGGCCGCGGGCUGCCCCAUCCCGCAGAACUCGCUCAACUCGCAGCACAGCCGCGCGCUGCCCGCGCAGCUCGACGGCGACCUGCGCUUCCACGCGCUGCGCGCCGGGGCGCACGUCCGCAUCCUCGACGAGCAGACGGUGGCGCGCCUGGAGCACGGGCGCGACGAGCGCGCGCUCGUCUUCACCAGCCGGGCCGUGCGCGUGGCCGAGACCAUCUUCGUCAAGGUCACGCGCUCGGGCGCCGCGCGGCCCGGCGCGCUCUCGUUCGGCGUCACCACGUGCGACCCCGGCACGCUGCGGCCCGCCGACCUGCCCUUCAGCCCCGAGGCCCUGGUGGACCGCAAGGAGUUCUGGGCCGUGUGCCGCGUGCCCGGGCCGCUGCACAGCGGCGACAUCCUGGGCUUGGUGGUCAACGCCGACGGCGAGCUGCACCUGAGCCACAACGGCGCCGCGGCGGGCAUGCAGCUGUGCGUGGACGCCUCGCAGCCGCUCUGGAUGCUCUUCGGCCUGCACGGCGCCUUCACGCAGAUCCGCAUCCUCGGCUCCACCAUCCUGGCAGAGCGGAGCAUCCCCUCACUGUCCUGCUCCCCUGCCUCCACACCAACCUCGCCCAGCGCCCUGGGCAGCCGCCUCUCCGACGACCCCUUGCUCAGCACGUGCAGCUCCGGACCCCUGGGAAGCUCUGCUGGCGGGACGGCCCCCAACUCACCAGUGAGCCUGCCUGAGUCGCCAGUGACCCCAGGCACAGGACAGUGGAGUGAUGAGUGCACCAUUUGCUAUGAGCACGCAGUGGACACGGUCAUCUACACAUGUGGCCACAUGUGCCUCUGCUAUGCCUGUGGCCUGCGCCUCAAGAAGGCUUUGCACGCCUGCUGCCCCAUCUGCCGCCGCCCCAUCAAGGACAUUAUCAAGACCUACCGCAGCUCCUAGCCCGUUGUGGCUGCCCCGCCACCCCUGCACGCCUGCCUCCUCAUGGCCCCACUCCAGCCGAGGGGCAAGCCAACAGGGCUCCUUCUCUUCUUCCUCAUCUUGGAAACUCUUUUCUCUUCUUCAUUAAACAUGGGAAACUGAGGCCCUCAAAGGUUUGGGAAGAAAGGGGAUAUAGGGCAGGGAGGUGAGGGGCAGAUACGAAUUGCCCAGCAGAGAGGAGGGGGGGAGUUAGCUCUCUCCGUCUUUCCUGUCUCUGCACCCAGCUCCACCCUGCAUGCUGAGGGGCUAAACGGGGGUCUCACCCUGUCCUAAUCCUUCCCCAUCUGGGGCAGUCUGCAAGGAAGUCCUCCAGUCCAUGUGAGAAUUAGAAAACACGUUUCUUCCUCUGGGCAGAUGAAGCCCAGAGGAAGGGCAUUUAGGAGUAUGGCCUGGACUUCAGCCUCUAUUUGUUCUCUUAGCUAGCUGCCCUUGAACAGUGUACAACCUGCUCAACAGCCCUAGGCAGGCAGCCUCUCAGCUGCUACCUUACUCUCUGACCUGUAUCUACCUUCUCCUUCCUCUCUUCCCUGUCCCUUAGGCCUGGCAACCAGGGGGGAAGGCCAGUGGAUGCCUCUCGCCCUGGGCAGGCUGCAGCCCCCAUGCCAUGUCCCUCUCCUCACCCAGGACGGGUGGAUGGACAGGCCACAGAAGGCUCCAGGUUCUGGGUCUCUGACCCUGUGCCCUGGCGGAGAUGCAGAGGGCCCCUUCCUGGCCACAGCCUUUUUGUCCCAGUCAUCUUGUGAGAUGCUGCUGCCCAGGGACAGCCUCGGUGUGGGCAGUGUCUGUCUUGUGGCAGGGUCUCCAAGAGCAGGUUUGCAUCUGUGCUCUGUGACCUGUCCUCUGGGAUCUCAGUGCUGUCCUGGGCCUGGCUGAUACUCAGACUGUAGUAUUCCUAGGUGCGGCCAGGGUGCUGGAGUGGGGGUGGGGUGGGGUGCCCUGGGGUAAAACCAGCCUUUUUUCCUUACUUUAAUUUAUUUAUUUAUUUAGUUUGUGGGUUGGUCUUUGGGGGAGGGGAUUGAGUUGCCAUCCCCCGGACCCCUAGAAAUGGUGCCCUGGUGUGCGGAGUACCUGGCGAAAGAAGGCUGCAGAGGUAGUUAUCACUCAGAAUCUUCCCCAGGCUCCAGCACAAAGUCCAUAGCCAUCUCUAUUUACCGUGAAUUAGAGCUCCAUAAAAGGGGCUGAAUUUGGAGGCGGCCUGUCAAAUUGUGUCCAUUUUACAGAGACAGACUGAGCCUCCUUAGCCCUGGGGCUGGUGGAUCACCCAGAGCCACAAAGUGCCCUUCCUCUCUGGGCUGCAUCAGGGUUAGCAAAGUUGGCUCAGACGUGUCAGGAGGCCCAAGAGCUUCCCCUUCCAUGAGGACAUGAAAAGUUCUGGAAGGCUGAAGGAGGGGAGUCGAGCUUGGGCCAGGGAACACGGCUGGGAAGGUCUACUCAUAGUAGAGCAGGGAGGCUGUACUUAGGAAGGCUCUUCGCCUCCAGGAAAGAUGGAGGGAACGGGCCUGGUCCCAGCACCUCUGGGUUACUCCUGGUUCUGGGGUGGAGUGUCACCUGGCCCCUGCUCUUAGGCUAUAGCUCUCAGCCUUGCCUGCCCUACUCUGAUAGGCCAUGGGCUGGGGCCUCUCUCAGAGUCUCAGCCUAGUCCCCCCGCCUACUGCCAGGCUCCCAGCCCUCUUCCCCCUCCACUGGCUUUUCACGGCCAUCAGAGACUCUGCUCGCUGUGGCUGGCAGAGUAUGGAAUUCUAGGCCUGGCCACUGGGCACCUGCAUGGCCCUGGCCAGGUCAUAGCCCCUCUCAGCCUCAGCUGCAACCUCUGUAAAAUGAUUGUUUGGGGGAGGAGCGCAGACUCUCUGUGGGACUCUUGGGAGUUCUUUGGUGAGGAUCCCCUAUGGGGUGGCGGGUGGGACAGCACCGGGGAUCAGAACACCAGGCUGGGCCUUUGCCUCUGCCUUGCAGCGGGUCCCUAGAAAGUCAUGGUUCCCCUGUGGGUCUCUGUCCCCAGCCACUGACCCUGGAGACCUCUUCCAUGGGAGUAGGGUGGGGUGGGCCAGGGGGUGACCCUCUAGUCAGGAGUCUCAUGUCCGAGGCAAGGGAAGGUCUUAAGUGCAGGGGCUGCGCGGCUUGAGGUUUGGGGAGAGGAAGCCAUCCGUAUCACUGUCUCUGUUAGUGCUGGGAUAGUUGCUGCCUCCUUUGUGAACUUGGAUCGCUGUGAUUGUGAAUAAAGGUGAUUUCGUACCAGC